UUUGCGUUAAACAUCGCACAAUAACAACAAGCCUUUAAAAAUUAUUAAAUCUUUUAUCUUUACUGCUGCCUGCAGACCUUUAAUAGUAGCGCCCGUUUCGAAAAUCCCACCGAAAGCGAUAAAUUCAGUUGUGAUCAAGAGCCUAUACGUUGCAGGCCGUGAAAAGUCCAAUUACUCGUUUCUCAGCCAGUGGCCUUAAUAACAACCACAAUAACAACAACAUCAGAAACAACUGAGCCAACAACACAUCAUCUCAUCCAUCUAUUUUACGGAAAACGUCACUUAACCCAACGAAAGCGAUGCGAUUAACCUGCUAAUCUGGGCGAUAUGCGCGGAAUUGAGGGCAAAGUGGUUGUUCUAGGCUCGCGAGGUGUGGGCAAAACACGCUUGGUCAUCAGGUAUAUAAAGAACACCCUACACCGGAGCGAAAGCGAGGUCCCAACGAUAGCUGUGUCCUUCUUCACAUGCAACAUCAUCCUGGACGAAGUCAAAAUUAAAUUGCAAAUUUGGGACACAGCUGGCCAGGAACGGUAUCGAGCGGUGGCGCCGAUGUAUUAUAGGAAUGCCAACGCUGCCAUUCUGGUCUUCGAUCUGACGCAAUAUAAAACCUUUACGGAGAUCAAAUCGUGGAUUCAGGAGCUGCAUCGAAAUGUUCAGGAUCCGAUGAUACUGACGCUGGUGGGGAAUAAGAUGGAUAUGCAUCAGCAGCGAGCGGUUUCCCGGGAGGAGGCUUUUGUGUUUGCCACCUCUAUAGGAGCCACCUAUUUUGAAACCUCAACGGAAACGGACCAGGGACUGGAGCAGGUGUUCAUCUCCACUGCCCAGGGAUUGGUUCGCCUUGCAGACGAGGGCAAGAGCCCCUCGCUGCGUUCAUUUGAGUCCAGCGAUUCGCUGGCCUACACUAACACCAACACUGCCUUCAGUCACACAGUGGCUGCCUUGGCCAGAAGCCCGGGUAACGCCGCCUUCCGACUGCCCUACGUGGAUAUCGGCUUGGCGGUGGAGGGCGAGGAUGUGAAGACCAAUGGGGUGGGUCGGCUGGAGACGGCGCCGUGGAGCAUCGAGCACAUUGCCCUCGGCGAGGUGGAGAGGCCCAGCUGGUGCUGCUACUAAGAUCUAAACGAUCCCUAGGAUCCAUCUCUGUGAAAGAACCAAUGUGAUGUCAACAUAACCAGACUGCAGUUCGAAUACGGCCUCAAGGGCCAACCAGCAUCGUUUAAGCAAUUAACCAACCCAACUCUAGAUAUGCAAAGACCAAAAGCAGCCACCACAAAAGCAAGAAGCAAACUUGGCUUGAAGCUAUGUAUUAAUACACUGAUUAGGCUAGAUCCACAGCCCAAGCGAUCCACCCGAUCCACUGACAAGCGCUGGGUAUAUCCGCUUCAUUGUAAUCUUAACUUUAGAUCCUAAGUGUGAACAGCAAUUGCCGCGUGCAUAUUAUGACUUUAUAUACUUCUCUCGCUCUAAGCCCAUUUGACUUACCAACCAUAAGAUUAACUCACAAACACACGAGCAAACACAGGGAACAAUACACUCACAAUACACUCAUACACAAAACAUUGGAACCCAAACACCAAUUCAUGUACAAAGCAUUUUAUACUGCAUGCAUAUAAUAAAUAUAAAUGUAAUAAUGUA